ACGUGCUACCAUGUGCUCCGAAGGAGCGGUCUCAGCGGCCCAUUUUGGCCGCGGAAACAGGAAUGUUGUUGAAGACAGCCAGGAUUACCAAGUGAUGCUGCCCCAACUGCCGAAAGGUCGGAUUGUUUUUAAUACUGUUUUUUUGCAUGGCGAUAUCCGUGCUCGGCCGUACAGAGUUGAGGACUACCGUGACGCCCUGGACAGCUUGAAAGUGCUCCCCGAGGUUGUCGCCUUGGGAGCUUACCAAAUGAACCACGUGUGGGCCGUAACAAUGAAAAGCUCGGAAGCCGUCAACAAACUGCUAACAGCUGCAACAAUUACUGUCAAGGGCCGGCGAUGCCUGGUGGUUGAUCCCAACAACCAAGACCUACGUGUUAAGAUGCACUGGGUCCUCCAUAACGUCAGCGAUGAAGAUGUACGCGAGGCCUUAGCGCCGUACGGCGAAGUUACGGAAGUUUCACGAGAGCGCUGGCGCGCACAGGGCGUGACAGACAAGGGCUCCACUACGCGUCUGGUGAAUCUCAAGUUGAAGCCUGGUGUUAAAAGUGAUGAUAUCCCGCACCAGCUGCGUGUCGCCGGAGAGCCUGCUUUAUUAGUGGUGCCUGGAAGGCCACCGCUUUGUUUGCGCUGCCACGGAAAAGGUCACGUUCGCAGAGAGUGCCGGGUGCCACGAUGCUCGCGCUGCAAACGUUUCGGUCAUGACGAAAGUCAGUGUGCGCCUACAUACGCGAACGUCACAGGGCCCAUAAGGAGUAUUGACUCUUCUGAGCUCGUCAUGGACGAGGCAGAAGCUGAGGAAACGGCGACAGUACAACACGCCCACUGCAAGAAAGGCAGCCUGACUUGUCAAUGGACGCGCUGCACCGGUCGAAAAAAGCCAAGGAAGGCUCAGCAACAUCGACGGAUCCCGACGCGCCGAGCGCAAUGGAGACCGACGUGA